AUGCGCGGGUUCAUCCCCCUUCUUCUGGCUCUUUCUGCUUCAUACACAACUACUACCGCGCUUCCUCAACCUAGAAUCGCACUCCGCGAUACCGCAGCUGGACCCAAAUAUUCAGUCGUUCCCUUGGAACCUGGCAACGAUGAUCCUGCCUCUGGCGAUGCUGGAAGCGGAGAUGGAAAUGCUAGCAACGGCAGCGGAAAUAGUGGUGGCAAUGGAGGCGGCAGCAACGAUAACGAUGGAGAUGGUAUCGUCACUGUUAUCCAGACCGUGACACGAAAACCUGUCACGCAAAUCGUCACUCGAACAGAAAAGCCCAGUACCGUCACUGCUCCAGGCAAGACUGUCACAAAGGCUAUCACUCAGGCUGUCCCUACUACCGUCUCUGUUAUCAACAUAGGUGAAGGUCCACUUACUGAGACCGUCACUGUCCCACAUCCCCGGCCUUCAAAGUCUGAGGUUUCCAAGAAGUCGACCACCACACAGGAACCUGUUCCUACCACCGAAGUGCAAAAGCCGACAGGUCAGAGCACGUCAAAGUUCUCGAGCUCUGCUGCUGCCCCGGUCGUCACCUCUCAGCCUAAGCCUGAACCCCAGCCUCAACCCAAACCCAAACCUCAACCUCAACCACAGCCUGAGCCUGAAUCUUCCACCACUGUCGAGCUUGCUCAAAGCUCCGAAACACCAUCCACUACCUGCGAUACCAACACUGUACCGCCCGCCGAGACAGUCGCUCAGCCUCCUGUGACCGAGAGCUCAGCUGCAGGUUCACCAGACGCUCCAGUGGCGCCUAUUCCUUCACAGGAGACCUUUGUUCACGACCCUGCUACUCAGGGCGAAUCCUGGUCAACCGCUGGGGUUCCUUAUGUGCCCCCUGUCGCACCUACCACUCUUCUCACUUUUGUCAUCACCACUACCACUACAACCUCAGACUUUGAGAAUGAAACCUCUGAGCCCACCUCUUCAAAGACUCAAGAUGAUGGUGCCUGGCACACUUCUUACCCAGCCUGGAAUGGCUCAGUUCUGGCAAUUUGA